UCCCUCCCUCCCUCCCUCCCUCCCUCCUCUUUCUUCACUUCCAGCAGUGGCAGUGUUGUGCUGCUGUCUGUUCGGCUGGUAAACAUGGCUACUGCUGGAGCAGCUGGUGACGACCUGAGGAAAGAGCUCACAUGUGCAAUUUGUUUGGACUUCUUCAAAGACCCUGUUAUACUGAAAUGUGGGCACAAUUUCUGUCGGUUUUGCAUCUGCAUGCACUGGGAUGAAAAUGGCGGAGACUACGGAUAUCAGUGCCCUCAAUGCCGAGCGGUGUUCAACAAGAGGAGCUUCACUAAAAACUACCUGGUGCAGAACCUCGUAGCUAAACUGAACGAUUUGGAGUGUCUGGGGUCUUGCCCUACACCCUCUCAACCCGUUAAAGUAGAUGGAAAGUGUGACCAACAUGGAGAGGAGCUGAAAUUGUACUGCCAGACUGAUAAAAGGCCCAUCUGUGUGGUCUGCAGGGAAUCUAGAGCACACAGACACCAUGAGGUAGCACCAGUGCCCGAAGUUGUGAAGGACAUGAAGAUGGAGUUGAAACUGAGGCUGAUGGAGCUCAACUGGCAGAAGUCUCAAUGUGUAAAAGUUAUAACCGCUGAUGAGCGCACCAGAAGUGAAGUGAGGUCGAAGAAACAGAGACUCAAGGAGAAGAUUGAGGCGGACGUUGGUGCCUUGGUCCAAUUCUUGCUAGAUGAGAGGGACUCCCUGCUUGAGAGCCUGGAUGCAGAGGAAGUGGCCUCCAUGGCCGUCAUAGACGAGAACUUGAAGAUUGUGGAGACCGAGGUGGCAGCUGUGGACAAGGCUAUUGCUGAUAUCCACAGCCACAUCAGUGGGAAAACUAGCUUUGAGAGCCUUGCUGAGACAUUCCAUGAAUACAUCCAUUGCAAGCCUUUCACAUCUCUGGACACAGUUAGUUGUCCGACUGAAUUUACACACUUCUCAGGGCCCUUCCAGCUUAUCAUGUGGAAGAAGAUGAUGCACGUGCUGCAUACCAUGCCUCAGAACCUCACCUUAGACCCAGACACGGCUCACCCGAACCUGCUUAUCUCAGACUUCGACACCAAAGUGGAGGAGGGCCGUGUUCGUAACCAGGAACCAGACAUGCCAGCCCGCUUCACCAGGUUCUGUGGUGUCCUUGCCACAGCCCAGUAUGCCAGUGGACAGCACUACUGGGAAGUGGAUGUGAAGGACAAAGGUGUGUGGUACCUGGGAGUCACCACAGAGUGCAGCAAUAGGAAGGGCUUCGUUAGCCUCACUCCCUCCGCAGGAUACUGGAGCCUGUCUCUGCAGGACCGGCUGUAUGCCAACGGAGAGGACGGGCGCAUCCCUGUCGCCGACUACUGGAACUCUCCUCGGGUCGGUGUGUACCUGGACUAUGACAAUGGGCGCCUUAGUUUCUAUGACGCUGUCACAAUGAAGAGAUUGUACAUGUUUGACACAUGCUUUGAAGAGCCUGUCUAUCCUUUCUUCAGCCCAGGAAAGAAUGAUCCGGGCAGCAGGCUGCAGAUAUGCCACUAUUACUGAGAGAGCUGCGACAAGUGUUUUAAAUCUAGUUAUCUAAAGGGUAAACUCUGUAUGCCAGUGUUUUCAGAUUUGCAAGGUUUUCUCUCACAGAUCAGUCUUGAGUGACAGGGUGAUGUUGACCCUUGGAGCCAUGUACGGUAUGCAUUUGAGCUGUUACUUGUUGGUCUUACUGAUGUUAGAAAAUAAGAAUUACACUGAAAAGAAUUACCAGGUGUCUACCAGGUGAAUUUGGUGUCUUUCAACCUAGACACACACUGUAGGCUUAUACCCUUACUACUGUGGCUGGGGGGGUUUGGAGAGGUGCUUUGUUGUCUAAAUCACUGUCUGCUGGGAUGCAGAUGCUCUCAUUGAUUAGAGCAGCUCUUCUCCUUAUAGCAACCACUAUGCCAUACUAGUGUACAUUUACUCAUAUGGGCAAAUUAUUUGCCAGGCAGGGUCAGUGCUGUUGCUUGUUGGGUAGAACUUAAAGGAAAUAUGACAUCAUUAUCACAUUGAUAGUUGUUGACAGUUAAGAUCCCCUCAUUCAUUUUAGACUGAAGAACAGUCUGUUCAGUGCUGUUAGUUUUCAGAAUUAUUUGACUGAAAUUGGCUGCCUUGUACUGGGAUUUCAGCUCCCAGACAAUGGUUAGACUUUCAGAAAGGAAUGGCUCGGGUUGUACGUUUUUGCUGACGUUAACGUCAGUACAAAUAUUUGAUCAUUAGCCUUUUAAAAUCACCUUUUAUCUAUACUUUGUUUUAAAUUCCGUACAUUAACAUUUUUUAAAUUGCAAAUUCCUCUGUAUAUUGCUCUGAGUCACAUUUUGUGCCUAUUUUUUUUGAGCAGUGAUACUGAAGGUAUGAAUACAUUCCAUUUUGCUUUGAUCAAGGUAUUUAAAAAAAAAAAAAAAAAAAA